CCGAGAGCAUGUGGUCGCGUGGGGAGGCCCGCCGCCACCAGGCCACACGCUUGCUCUCUUGGACAUGCUAAAAUCGGCCUUCCGCUUUCACUGGACCUGUCUGUAGGGUGUUUGUGGGAGAAAGUUCUCUUUCUCCUCCUUCGCUCCCAGGGUAACAGUGAGAGGUCCGGUAGCUUCGGGAAUGGAGGUGUUCCGACCCAGGAGCUGUGUGUACCGUGAGCCUGCUGGCUGCCUGAGCCCGCGGGCUCUCACCUUGCAGAGGUUCGGUGGACGCGUUCACACCCCGCGCCUCCCGCACGCUGCACGUGCCCUCUGUCUGCUGUCCCCCUGGCCCCUGGUCAGACUUACGCAUUCUCCUUUAACAAGACACCUGCAGAAAAAACUUUCUGGCCACCCCAAUAUUGUCCAGUUCUGUUCUGCAGCGUCCAUAGGGAAGGAGGAGUCGGACACGGGGCAGGCCGAGUUCCUGCUGCUCACCGAGCUCUGCAAAGGGCAGCUGGUGGAAUUUUUAAAGAAAAUGGAAUCUAGAGGUCCGCUCUCGUGCGAUACUGUCCUGAAGAUAUUCUACCAGACGUGCAGAGCAGUGCAGCACAUGCACAGACAGAAGCCGCCCAUCAUCCACCGAGACCUCAAGGUGGAGAACUUGUUGGUCAGCAACCAGGGGACCAUCAAGCUGUGUGACUUUGGCAGCGCCACCACCAUAUCGCAUUACCCUGACUACAGCUGGAGUGCCCAGAAGCGGGCCCUGGUGGAAGAGGAGAUUGCCAGGAACACGACCCCCAUGUACCGGACGCCAGAGAUCGUGGACUUGUACUCGAACUUCCCCAUCGGCGAGAAGCAAGACAUCUGGGCCCUGGGCUGUAUCUUGUAUCUGCUGUGCUUCCGGCAGCACCCUUUUGAAGACGGAGCAAAGCUUCGAAUAGUCAACGGGAAGUUCUCCAUCCCUGCUGACGACACCCAGUACUCCGUGUUCCAUGACCUCAUCCGCGCCACGCUGAAGGUCAACCCCGAGGAGCGGCUGUCCAUCACAGAAGUGGUCAACCAGCUCCAGGAGAUCGCGGCCGCCAGGAACGUGAACCCCAAGUCGCCCAUCACUGAGCUCCUGGAGCAGAACGGGGGCUAUGGGAAUGCUGUCCCGUCCCGAGGGCCUCCCCCCCCGGGGGGCUCCAGCAGCAGCGGCCACAGCGGAGGCCUGGCACUUGCCGAGUACGACCAGCCGUACGGCGGGCUCCUGGACAUCCUGCGGGGGGGCACCGAGCGCCUCUUCACAAACCUCAAGGACACCUCCUCCAAGGUCAUCCAGUCCGUGGCCAAUUACGCAAAGGGGGAUUUGGACAUCUCUUACGUCACGUCCAGAAUUGCUGUGAUGUCAUUCCCAGCAGAAGGCGUGGAGUCCGCCAUCAAGAACAACAUAGAAGACGUCCGGUUGUUUCUGGACUCCAAGCACCCGGGACAUUACGCCGUCUACAACCUCUCCCCGCGGACGUACCGGCCCUCCAAGUUUCAUAACCGGGUCUCCGAGUGUGGCUGGGCAGCCCGGCGGGCCCCGAACCUUCGCAGCCUGUACAGCGUUUGCAAGAACAUGCACUCGUGGCUCCGGCAGGACCACAAGAACGUCUGUGUCGUGCACUGCAUGGACGGGAGAGCCGCCUCUGCUGUGGCCGUCUGCUCCUUCCUAUGCUUCUGCCGCCUCUUCAGCACCGCGGAGGCUGCCGUGUACAUGUUCAGCAUGAAGCGCUGCCCGCCGGGCAUCUGGCCGUCUCACAAGAGGUACAUCGAGUACAUGUGCGACAUGGUGGCGGAGGAGCCCAUCACGCCGCACAGCAAGCCCGUGCUGGUGAGGGCCGUGGUCAUGACGCCCGUGCCCCUGUUCAGCAAGCAGAGGAACGGCUGCAGGCCCUUCUGCGAGGUGUACGUGGGGGACGAGCGCGUGGCCACCACCUCUCAGGAGUACGACAAGAUGCGGGAUUUUAAAACUGAGGACGGCAAAGCAGUCAUUCCCCUGGGUGUCACGGUGCAGGGGGAUGUGCUCGUCAUAAUCUACCACGCCAGGGCCACGCUGGGCGGAAGACUUCAGGCCAAGGUGGCAUCCAUGAAGAUGUUCCAGAUCCAGUUCCACACCGGCUUUGUGCCUCGGAACGCAACCACCGUGAGAUUUGCCAAGUAUGACCUGGAUGCCUGUGACAUUCAGGAGAAAUACCCAGAUUUAUUCCAAGUGAACCUGGAGGUGGAGGUGGAGCCCAGAGACAGGCCCAGCCGGGAGGCCCCGCCCUGGGAGAGCACGAGCAUGAGGGGGCUAAACCCCAAAAUCCUCUUUUCCAGCCGGGAGGAGCAGCAGGACAUUCUGUCUAAAUUUGGGAAGCCGGAGCUCCCCAGGCAGCCCGGCUCCACCGCUCAGUACGACGCCGAGGUGGGGUCUCCGGAUGCCGAGCCCACGGAGUCUGAUUCACCACAGAGCAGCAGCACAGACACCAGCCACUUCCUCCACACGCUGGACUGGCACGAGGAGAAAGACACAGAGACGGGUCCAGAAAGUACUGCUGCUAAGGAGUGCACACCAGCCCCGGCUGUGGAUGCAGGCGGGAGCGAGUUCUCCGACGAGGAGACGGCCACGCUCUCCGCCGAGAGCAGGGACACAGCCGAGGAGGACACACCAGGCCCAGCAGGGAGGGCGCAAGAGCAGGAGUUGAUGUUCGACGCCGCCACGCCACACGAGCCCGCGAUGCAGGAGGGCGGCAUCGACCUCCUGGGGCUGCACUCCGGGGCCGGGCCGGCCCUGCCGCUGCAGGCCUGCGGGGCGGCCCCCAGUAACGCCGACCUGCUCAGCCGCCUGCUGGGGGCCCCUGACUCGGCCCCGCAGGUCCCCUCGGGCGACCUGCUGGGCGGAGAUGCCCCCCUGCUCUUCGGAAGCCCGGCCCCUCCUGUGAGCGCCCAGAGCCCACCCCGAGAAGGGCCGGCUGUGGCAGCUGACCCGUUUGACCCUCUCCUCCUGCCGUCCGGUCCAGACACCCAGCCCUGCUCCAAGCCCGACCUCUUUGGGGAAUUUCUUAAUUCAGAGCCUCCUGCUGCCACCCCUGCGUCCUUCCCCUCCACCCACAGCGCCCCACCCCCCGCCUGUAGCACCGACUUCCUGCACCUGGGGGACCUACCAGCAGAGCCCAGCAAGGUGACAGCCUCAGCCAGCCACCCGGACCUGCUGGGCGGGUGGGAGGCCUGGGCCGAGGCCCCGGCGCCCACCCCUGCCAGUGAAGGUCCUUUCUUCUCCCCUGGAGGACAGCCUGCUCCUCCCGUCCCCCCAGCCAGCUGGACCAAGUCUCAGAGCCUGGACCCAUUUGCAGACCUCGGUGACCUCAGUUCCGGCCUCCAAGGCUCGCCUGCUGGAUUUGCUCCUGGGGGUAUUGGCCCCAAAACCAUCCCCCCUCCCUCGGGGGGCAGCUCCUGGCAGCAGACAAGCCGGCCCCUGGCCCAGAGCACCCCGUGGCCCCCCCAGUCCAAGCCACCCACCAAAGCCUGUGCACAGCCAAGGGCCAACUAUGCCGCCAGCCCGAGUGUGAUCGGCGGUCGGGAGGAGAGGGGCUUCCGCACCCCCGGCUUCGGUCAGAAGCCACGAGUGUCUGAGAGCGACUUCGAGGACCUGCUGUCGGAUCAGGGAUUCUCCUCCAAGUCUGACAGGAAGGGGCCCAGGACCAUGGCCGAGAUGCGGAGGCAGGAGCAGGCUAGAGACACAGACCCGCUCAAGCUGAAGCUCCUAGAGUGGACGGAGGGCAAGGAGAGGAACAUCCGUGCGCUGCUGUCCACCCUGCACACCGUGCUGUGGGACGGCGAGAGCCGCUGGGCCCCCGUGGCCAUGGCCGACCUGGUGACCCCCGGGCAGGUGAAAAAACAGUACCGCCGAGCUGUGCUGGCCGUCCACCCGGACAAGGCCGCAGGCCAGCCGUACGAGCAGCACGCCAGGAUGAUCUUCAUGGAGCUGAAUGACGCUUGGGCCGAGUUCGAGAACCAGGGCUCCCGGCCCCUCUUCUGACGCCGCCGUGGUGGAGGCCGCAGGCCGCACUCGUGGCUCACGGAGCUGGAAGCUGCUGAGCUUCACCUGGAGGGUCCUGUCCGUGGCCGUCACGGCGUGGGCUCACGGGGCUGCACUUGCUUCGUUGUGCACACCGCCCCCCGGGGGGCCAGAGCAGGCGCCACCCCCAGCACAAGGCCAGAAAGCAUUCCAAAGCCUCCGAUUCUCCUUUUCUUUUUCUGAUUCCGAAGGAAACGUGUUGAUGACAUUCCCCCCAUGAUUGUCACAGUUUGUGAUUCGUUUCAUUUUGUUCAGUGGCCAUGGCCUGGAGAGCACCUCUGCUCACAGGACCGCGGGCUGCUCGGCCGUCCUGCCCCAAAUCCCAUCCGUGGACACCAGCUCGUCCUGUGUGCGACCAGCCCGGCAGCCGCUUGUACAUAAUUAAACUAUUUUCUGAUGACGCUU